GUUACGGGAGUCUGCAAAACUUGCCGCCAACAAAAAUGUUGCCCAACAAAAAUUAUGCCAAUCCGGAAAUGCCAGUUGGAUCCACCAGCUGCCCACAAAACCAUACCUGAACAAAAAAAUUGACAUACCACAAGCCAGAAACCCCAACCAACACACAACAACACAACACAACAACCAAGGACCAUGAAAAUUGAAUACCUCGAAAUGGUUACACCCGAUGUGGACGCAUUGUGCAAGAUCCAGGCCACCAUUCACGGAAUCGAAUUCGGAGAUCCGGUGCCCAAUCUGGGAAAUGCCCGUACCGCAAAAAUGGCCAAUGGCGGCGUGAUUGGCAUUCGAGGUCCCAUGCGCCCCGACGAAAGUCCAGUGACUCGAAGCUACAUGCUCGUCCAAGAUUUGCCAAAAGCCAUGGCGGCAGCCAAAGAGGUUGGUGCUGAAAUCGCCAUUGAAAGCAUGGAUCUACCCGGCCACGGAAAAAUUGGAAUGUUCAUCCAAGGAGGAAUUGAAUGCGGGUUGUGGCAGAACGAAUCAUGAAAAAGUCAACACUGCAUUAUGUUUAUUGGAGAGCUGUCACAUGUAGUUUUAAAGAGGAAUGGCAAUAAUUUUUUACCUGGCUGCUGCUGCUCGGUGUUUGUGGCUUUGCUUUAGUGCUACCGUAUGAACGUGGUGUUUGUGGGUAUAUCCACUGAUAUAGACCUCAGCUUUGAUAG